AUGGGUAUUCAUCUAGCUCUAGUGCUUGUUCUUUCUUCUUAUAUGCUUUUAAAGCAAGUGGCCGAAGGAAAAUUUGAUGUGAUAUUCUAUAACUUCUACUUUCCGAGUUUACAUGAUUUCGAUUGUGUCGAUAUAUACAAACAACCGGCUUUCCAACAUCCACUGUUGAAAAACCACAAGAUUCAGGCAGAACAUAUAUAA